AGGGGUAGGAUCAGGAUUUUGGGUUUGGGUGACGCGUUUUAAUCACGUGCCCGUAUUUGAGAGCGCCUGGCGUAUAUUUCUUUCCCUUCUCUCCACUCCAGCGGUGCCCAUGUCAGCCGGGCACAUCAUCAUAAAGCACUAGAUGCUCCAUAUCGCGGUCACCCGACGGGUUCACGCUACUUCACAGGGUUCAUCUGAGGAGAGGUCUCGGCCCCUCCUGUUCCCCCGAGACCCGGAGCGGAGCCCAAUCUAAAUGUUAUUCAUUUCUGUUUCAAUAACUGAUUCGCAGUCACCAGAGCCGACGAAUAAGGUUUACAGGGAGUUGUUACUUCGCUCCCUUUUGCAAUGGGAAAUCCUGAUAGCUGAAAAUGUCACUAAUUGCUUGUUCAUCAUAGCUGGCUGAUGACACCUCCAGUUCAUACAAUUCCAGUAUUUGUUUCUGACUCACUGAUCUGCACAAUCCUACACUAUGGCCAGCAAGAGGAAAUCCACAGUUCCCUGUAUGAUACCGUCAAAGAACAAGCACAUGCGAGAGGACAUCAUACUGGGAUGCUUACCUGAGCUCCUACCCACAAUACCUGAAGACAGCAUUCUCAGUAUCUCUGCAAAAAAUGAGGAUACACAACGAUUCCAUGAUCUCUCAAAACCAAAGGUGAAGAUUUCAUGCUGGGAAUGGGGAACAUACAGCUGCCUUUUGUGCAACUUUACAUCCGGAGAUUUGAACCUGUUUCUCAAACAUAUGGACUACUGUCACAUGGAUUUUCACACUCAACCAAAUUUCUACUGCCAGCCUUGUAAGUUUUCAGUAGUGAAGUUUGAAGGUCUUGCUUUACAUAAUGCUAAAUCACAUCCUGAACUCCAUAAAGCGCACAAGAAAGUAUCCUUGCAAGUUACCAAAAGAGAUGGGGCUAUUACAGUGGAGCAAACCCUGUUUACAGAAGAGGAUUUAAUUGAAUCCGGUAUAUCCUUUACCAAGACACCCAUAAUGAAACUGACCAAAGGGGGACACAAAAAGGUUGUUGUUUCCCACACUGUUGAGGUACACAGGGCUGAGUCUAGCAGUGACAAGCCCUCAACUGUAACCAAUGGCACUUCAGUAAGGACCUUACCCCUAACAACAUCACCACAAAUCAUCAGUGGCACUAGUGCCCCCCCAGUGCAUAAAAUUCCAAACACACUCAGCAUACCAGGUAUGCAUAACCACGGUUCUCUGUGGAACUCGAUUCCUUCAUCUCUUGAUUCAAACUCUGAUCUCCCAAAGGUUAUGAUCCCUCUAAGUAGCAUCCCUACUUAUGAUCCAGCCAUGGAUUUAAGCAGUUUUCUCAAGACAUCCUUUGGUAAGUUCCCUUACCCUACCAAAGCAGAGCUCUGUUACUUGACCGUGGUGUCUGGCUUUCCAGAGGAGCAGAUCAAGCUCUGGUUCACAGCCCAAAGGCUGAAACAAGGGAUCAGCUGGUCUCCGGAAGAAAUCGAGGACACUCGUAGAAAGAUGUUCAAAACUGUAUUCCAAACUGCACCGAAAACACCACUAAAUCAGUCGCAUCACCAUAUUUCCCAACACUUUGUCUCUGUCCAGUCUGCAUCUUUGAGUUCUAAUUAUAUACAACAGACACCAAAGGGAAACGGAAUGGGUUGGAAAGGAGGGGUCAUAGUCAGCCAGCCUAGCGUGACCCAGGCCACAUCCCUUAAGCAGCAGCCAGUGGUCCAGUCACCACAGGUAAAUAUCCAUUCCGCUGCCAUGGCUAAGGAAACUGGAAAUGAAUUAUAUUUUCAGACAGCUGAGAACUGCAGAAGAAGUAGCAUUAGCAAUCAUGGACACACUGGAAAAAGUGAGAUUAACUGCAGUUCAUCUAGCAAGACUAGUCCUAGCUGCUUGCCUGGCAUUACUAAGAGCCAAAACAGCACUUACAGUGAUGGCAGCAUUAUGAAUCUGACUAACAUUGUCAGGAAAAUUGACUGUCAUGUUAAUGACAACACAAAUUGCACCAGCAAAUUGAACAUAAGUUCAGCUCCCAUUUAUGGACCGCAGAAUUUAUCUAGUAACUCUAAAGAAAGAAGUUUUGCCACCACCAGCAAAUAUAACAAUGGAUUCACUUAUAAAAGCACCAGCCACAGUACUAUUUGCACUAAAAAUAUGAUAUUAGACCACACCAGCAUAAAAAGCAACACAGACACUAAUGUCAUUUGUAGCAGCAGCAAAAGCAACAUACGAACUGAAGAGUUUAUACCACCCCUUUCCCAUAGCCUGGUCUGCCAUUCUGGAAAUCUCAUCGAUCCAUCCCUUGGAAAGGGCAAGGUAUUGCCUGAGCAACCAGGUACUCUAAAGCAAAGCUUUAUCCAUAAAUCAUUUCCAGAACAAAAGCAGCUUCUUGUACCUCAAGGUCUGCCUGUAAGCGAGGUACACAAUCAACCAUACCAUGUACGUACCUUGACAGACUCCCAGUUGUCUAUGGUGGGAUCGAUUAGUAAUGUGCCCCAGAGCUCCCUCCACUCGAACCCUACAGCAAUUUCAUGCAUUCAAGAGGACCGUAAUCAACAUACCUCCCCAUCCCUUUCUGCUCCCCAAGAGCGAAAUUCUCCAAAAACACCUCUGGGAGCACCUCAGGUUCAAUCCACAGACUUUACUACCGUACAUUGCAAGGAACAUUACACCAAGCACUUACCUGCCUUAGACAAAGACUGUAAGCUAUCCAUCUUUGAUGCUGAAAGGUUGCAUUCGAAUAGAGAUAUAUCUCAUGGAGAAAGUGAACAGCAGAGUGGACUGACAAGCAAAUUGUAUAAGGCUGACAAAAAUGAGCAUAGCAACCUAGCUAACAAACUGCAUACCUUUGUAAACGAUAACACUAACAAGACAGCUACUAAAAUAGGAAUGCCACUUUUGCAAAAAUACAUACAAGAAGUGGACCAAUGGGAAAGCAAGAGUUCCUAUCCUGAAGAGUCAACAAUGAGCCCUAUGAAGAUAAACGUAAUAGCAUUGAACAAAGAAGAGAGGUUGUACAAUCCCAACAGCAAACAGUUAAUUGGCAAGCCGCUGGAAAGCUGGAUCAAUGAUAGUGGUCCCAGCCAUAACAGUGAACUUUCAGAAUGGCAGGAAAGCUACCAGCAUGAACAAGUGGAGCCUAAGGAACAGCUUGAAGAGCAUAUAUAUAUUUCUGAUAUAGGUAAAACUGAACCACAUCGACUCCAUAACGAGGCUAACUUGGUGGAUCUCGAAACAGAGCAAGUUAAACAUGAUUGUAGCUCAGAACGUAAAAGUAUUUUUCAGAGCCUAGACCCUGAAGCUCCUGUGCUACCAGUAAUGAAAAAUUCAAAGGAGACUAUGGAGGCAUUAGAUAAAUCAAAUGCAGCAGAACAAGAUUACUGGGAUAUCAAGGAUGAGAAGCAUAAAGCUCAAGACAGCCAGUCAAGAGACCGUCUGAGAGGAGAGCUUCUGAAAGUUUAAGAACUUCACUCCACAAGAGGAAAGUGCAGAGGAUCCGGUGUUCAUCCUGAACAUUACAUUUCUUGUUUUCUUUAAGUAUGAGAUCAGACGAGAUUGUAAUGAGUUUAUGAUGGUCAAUCGUCUUGUGUUAUGUGGACAGCUGAUGUCUGAUUUGAUUUAGGGAAAAUGUAAUUCUAUGUAGGAAACAAUGAUGUAUAUGCUUGAAACUGCACUAUUGAGGGUGUACUGGACGUUAGGAAUGUCAGUUAGAUAUUGUGAUACUUACGCAUAUUUCAAAUAAUCAGCACUUCUGCAAUGCCUUGGGUUUUAUGAUGUUUGUUGGGAUAUUCAAACCAGUUUUCCCUUCUUUAUGUCCACAUCAAAGAAGUUCUUCAUGGCUUAUUUUUCCUCACAACAUUUAGCAGUUAGCGACAAAUAGUGCACUAUAACUUGCUUUAUUGGUGUCUGUCUGCACACACGACAAUUUGGCCAGACAUUGCCUUAAACGUCACCUUUCUAUUCCUAUGACUGGCUGCACAAACAAGCUUUUCAGCAACUGUGUUAAUGUGUGUAAAAAUUGGGGAUUUUAAAUCCCAACAGAACUGCUGCUAUAUCUUUGGAGAUGUUUUUUUUUUAUUUUAUAUAAGCAUUAACAAGACUAUUAUAUGUGAAAAACUUAAAAAGAAAUGUUAAUUUAUGGUGCAGAAAGUUUAAAACUGUGCUUACAAUCCAAUGGGGAUUACAGUUCUCAAAAACAGUCGGAACAAAUGCUCUGCUAACUGGAUAUUCCCUGUGUUUAUAGAGGAAGUUGGGCUACAAUAUACAGUGUGUGUGUGUGUGUGUGUGUGUCUAUAUACAUAUAGACACACACACACACACACGCAUUAUGCAUCAUUUAUAUGCUGCUAAGUUCAGACCAUCCAAACUGAAUAACAGGUGCUUUUCAACCCUUAUUAUUUGCAUUUCUAUUCAGUGUGAUUACUCUUUUAAAGUUAACACAUAAACAUAAUAUCUGGACUUACAGUAUUACUUUCCCUUUGAUUCCUAUUGUGCAGGUCUGUCUAAAGAACACAGUGCACUGGAUGUUAUCCUUUCUACACAUUAAAAAUCUUUUGGUAAUAAAUGGAGAAUGUCAACCUGAAAACUCACAUCUUGAAUGUUUUUCAUGUCAGUUCAAAUCGCACACAGGGAUUAAGGUUUCUAUGGAAUCUUCAAUUCAUCCAUGAAUAAAUGCUU